CUCUCUCUGGAUGAGGAAAUGGUUCCAUUUGCUAGCAGUUGCAGUGUACGUCCCUGGCCUAAUGUUUGAUCCACUUUUACUCUCCGUCUCCUCAUCUCUAGUCACAGUGUUCUUCAUCGUCAUUGAACUAAUAAGGUUAUUUGGUAUAUGGCCUCUUGGUGACGCUAUCAAUAAAAUGUUGAUCCCGUUCACCGACGAGCGUGAUACUGGUUACCUGAUACUAACGCACACUUACCUACUAUUGGGAUUCUCAAUACCAAUCUGGCUUUAUCCUCUACACCAAACUAAUUCAGUAUCACAGUUAAGCAUGUAUUCUGGUGUCCUUGCUCUUGGAGUGGGUGAUUCUAUUGCAGCUGUCUCAGGGACGCUAGUCGGAAGACACAAGUGGCCUGGGACAAGUAAAACGUUUGAGGGGACCUUCAUGUCGGUUGUAUGCCAAUUUAUAGUAGCAGCUGGAGUCGUUUAUACAAGUAGCUCUGUUCCUCCUCUCUCUCAUUACUCCUGGACUGUGCUGGGCUUAAGUAUAUUAGUAGGAUCGGCAAUGGAAGCAUACACGCAUCAGAUUGAUAAUUUACUGCUAGGGAUUGUUCAGUAUGUUGUAUGCAUAGCUUUCUUAUGAUAGAGAGAAUUAGUGAGCAGUACAUUGAAGAGCACUGUGCUUAGCUACUAAUACUAAUUUUACUUUUUAACUUUAAUGACAAAUAAAUUAAUAUUUCUAACAAA